UGGUUUUUGGGGCCGAUGGUUUUUGGGGGCCGAUGAUUUUUUGGGGCCGAUAGUUUUUUGGGGCCGAUGGUUUUUUGGGGCCGUGUGAAGCAGGACUUUGGUGGUUUGAUGUGCUGGAGGUUGAUGGCUUUAAGAGAGAAGCGUUGGACGCUGUGGUUGAGUUAAAAAAGGGAUUUUUUGGGGGAGGAAGAGCCGGCUCCGGGUCUGCUCCGGGCAGCUUUUGGGAGCAGCGCUGGAUUUCCAUCCCCAUCCCUGACCCCACGGACCGUGCUGGAGCCCGAGUGGGCGCUCUGGAGAUGCGGGAGAGACGGCGGAGCCCCUGAAAGGGUUAAGGGGUGCCGGGAGCCUGCAGGGAUCCCACCCUCUGCCCGGAGCCGGGAAUCCCGCGGUGCUGAUUGAGCUCCGAGCCCAUCAAAGGCUCCAAUCAGGGACCCAACCCCCGCCGGGUGCCCGGCCCCGGCUGUUCUUUGUCCGGGCGAGCAGAGCAGCGAUGUGGCUUCUCCGCAGCCUGGCCUGGGCUCUCCUGAGCCCCGUCCUGGCCACCGAGCUGAGCCCGCAGGAAAGCUCCCUGCUGAAAUCGCUGGGUCUGAGCGCCAAGCCCAGCCCCAAAAGGCCCGGCCCGGUGCCGCCCGUGCUCUGGAGGAUCUUCCAGAAGAGGAAGACGCUGCCCUGGCCGGACGGAGAGCUGGAGUCCUGCAGGGUGGAGGAGUUUAAUGUCCCCGGCAACAUCGUCCGUGUCUUCGCCGACCAAGGCCGCUUCCUCCCCGAGGGGCAGCCCCAGGGGUGGCUGUGUCUGCGCAAGCUCCUGUUCUUCAACCUCUCCGCGCUCGAGGAGGGCGAGCGCUUGACCAUGGCCCAGCUGGAGCUCCAGUUCCACCACAACUCCUACCACUCCCCCAGCCCGGGGCAGGUUCUGGAGCUCCGGCUGUACCCGGCGUCCCCCCGGGGGCUGCCGCGGCCCGGCCGGAGGCCGCUGGUGGAGCGGUCAUUUGUCCAGCUGCGCAAAUCCCUCCUGUUCAACCUGAGCGCGGCGCUGAAGGACGGCAAGGUGCCGGGCAGGAAUUUGGCCUUGGUGCUGGAGAUAUCGGCCAGCGGGCGCGCCGGGGACAGCGGGACCCUGCGGAGCCUCUGCGCCAGCACCGACGCCUUCGCGGCCACCUCGCUGCUGGUGGUGACGCUGGGCCAGCAGUGCCAGGCUGCCCGCAGCAGGAGGAGCGCCCCGACCCCCGCGGUGACCCCCAGCCCCCUGUGCAAGCCCCGCCGGCUCUACAUCAGCUUCAGCGACGUGGGCUGGGAGAACUGGAUCAUCGCCCCCCAGGGCUACCUGGCCAACUACUGCCGCGGGGACUGUCCCUUCCCGCUGGCGGCCGAGCUCAACAGCACCAACCACGCCGUGCUGCAGACCAUGGUGCACUCGCUGGACCCGCAGGGCACCCCCCAGCCCUGCUGCGUCCCCGUCAGGCUCUCCCCCAUCUCCAUCCUCUACUACGACAACAGCGACAACGUGGUGCUGCGGCACUACGAGGACAUGGUGGUGGACGAGUGCGGCUGCAGGUAGCGGGGCUUGGUGGGGCAAGGACGGACGGAGGGCUGGGAAAAAAAUCCCCGCGCUGUGAAAUCCCCGCUGUGUUCGGGGCGUUUCGGGGCGUUGGGGUUCCCCUCCGUGCUGGGGUUAGGCUGGCGGUGCUGAUUUAGGUUUAGCUGGGACGGGGUUGUGGGAUUAUGACCGAGCCUGGUGCUGGUCCCUUCUCCACAGGGGAUGCUGGCGCCGGGCUGUGAAUCCCAGAUUUCCCCCCUUGCCCGUGCCGGGCACCCCCAGGGCCCGCAGCUUUUUGGGGUUUUGGCUGAACUCUGCGAUUUUCUCAGGGUAAAAAUGACUUUUCUGGGUGAAUCGGGGCCGGGGGUUCCCUGGGGUGUGAUCCAGCUGCAGGGACAGGGAUGGGGUGACCAAAUCCCACCAGAGCCAGGCGGGAGCUGUUUUCAGGGUGUGGUUGGUGAUGGGGUGGUUUGGGGACAGGGCUUGCGUUGGGUGGCCAAAUGCAGUGGAGGUUUUGACUAAAAAAAAAAAAAUGAAGGUUUUCCCUAAAAAUCGGAGAUUUUACCUAAAAAAUUGGAGAUUUUGCCUGAAAAAUGGAGAUUUUACCUAAAAAUUUGGAGAUUUUGCCUAAAAAAAUGGAGAUUUUGCCUAAAAAAAUGGAGAUUUUACCUAAGAAAUCCGCUGGGAGCCGCGUGCCAAGGGCGGGAUGCUGCAGGGAAUGGCUGAGGGAAUUCGGGGGGGUUGGUGGGGUCAGUGGUGUCCCCUCCCAGCCCGCUGUGAGUCAGUAUUAAUUUACCUCAUUUGCAAAUCGAUGAGCCCAGGCUGUCCCCGCGUGUCCCGGGCAGGAGCCAGGUGGCAGCCGAGCCUCAGGCAAGGGCAGAGCUCUGCACACUUUUGACUUUUUCGGGUUGUUUUUGGUUGAUUUGUUGGUUUUUUUUGUGCCGGCUGGCAGCCCCAGGCUCUUUGUGGUGUCGCCGAGGGGCAGCAGGGACCCAAAUUUGGGGCAUUUCCCAUCCUGGAGCUCUUCCCUGCCCCUUGCAGCUGCGGGCUCGGGGCUGAGCCAGGUUUGGAGCCCAGGCUGGCCCCGAGUGUGUAAAACUAAAACUGAGUGUGUAAAACCACCAGAGCAAAGCUUCCCUGCCCCCUCGGGGAUUUUGGGGCAACUGAAAAGGAAUCCGAGCUAGACUUGAAUUUUUUCUCUUUAUUUUUGAACUGUGAAGCCGUAGUGCAGCUUUGGAGUUUUUUUGUUUUUUUUUUUUUUUUUUUUUUUUUUUUGUUUUUUUUUUUUUUUUUGUUUUUUUUUUGGUUUUUUUUUCGUUUUUUUUUGGUUUUUUUUCUUUUUUGGUUUUUUUUUUUUCAGUUUUCUCCUUGAGCUCUGAUGGUUUUUCCCACCUCCUCCCCCCCAGGGGAAGCACUGAGGGUUAAACCACCUUGGGACGGCUGGUUUUUUUUUUUUUUUUUUUGUUUUAACACCCAAAAUGCAGAGCUGAAGACCCAGCCUGGAGCAGCUUUAGCUGGAUUCCCAUUCCCAAAUCCAGGCGUUUCCCACCCAGCCCUGCUCUGCUCCAUUUCAGUGUUUAAAAAGGGCUCAACUCCAGCCAGCAGGGGCCGUUUAAUUCUGAUUUUAGAUGGGCAGAGGAAGAAAACCUUCAAGUAUUCCUGGGUUUGUGGCCACCCAGGGGGGGAGUGACAGCCAGGACAGGACCUGGGCUCACCCCGGCGUGAGUUUGUGCCCAGGGUGGUGCCAAGGCCAGGCCUAAACCCCCCCCAGACCCAGCUUUGAGCCCCCAGCCCUGCAAGGGCAAAGCCAUUUCUGUGUUUGCUGCAGGGCAGGGGGAGCUUCCAGGCUGGGAGCCCUUCCCAGUUUUUCCCAGUUCUCCCAGUUGAGUCGCUCACCCCCCUCUGCUAUGCACACCCCCACUUUUGUACUAGUCUUGUGUUUAAAAAAAGUAAUAAACUUGAAGUUUAUACAAUCAGACUAAAGCUUUAA